AUGACUGAUCCAGGAACGCCUAAAGAAGAUAGAAAGAGGUUUUUUAAAGAUGAACUAGAAUCCUCUGAAAGUCAAAUACCAUCUUUGGCACAAAGACUCGAUAACAGUAAAUCGUUUCUUUUCAGUGAAAAUAUCAAACCGGAAGACAAGGGGUCAUCAUUAUUUGUCCCUAGUCAAAUGGAUAUUGUUGAGUUUGAGAAAGGACUCAAAGAUAUUAUGCCGGAUAUUAGUGAUGAAAUGUGUAAAAAACUAUACAAGAAAUUUGAAAAUGACACUAAACCUGUUGCGAGUGCGGUCGAGUACUAUUUUGAUCAUAAUAAAAGUCUGACGAGAGAAAGCAAAAAAGAUACUGAGAUUAUUGAUCUUUCAGAUGAUUCAUAUGAUGAUGUGAAUUCAUCUAGCGUUUCAUACAGUAAUCACAUGGAUAGUGAUCCGCCUAUCCAUAAUGAUUCACAUCCAAGAUUGACUUUUCAGUCGUUAUUCUCCCAAAAGAGAGAUGAAAUCAAAAAGAGACGGACCAGAACUGUUAAUGAAAGAAUUGCAAAAAGGAGGAAGUCAUCAGUUUUAUGGAAAAAAUUUCUGGGUUCCAUGCAAGUCACUGCAAUGGCAACAAGACCCACAAUUAGGCCUUUAAAAUAUGGUUCAGUAUUAAAACUUCAUGUAACAGGAUCGAAGAACCUUUCACCAUCGAAAAUAUAUGACUCAAAAGGAAAGAGAAAAGUUUCAAUGGCACAGUUAGUUAAAUUAAGAGAUAGUAUACAAGAUAGAGAAAUAGGAAGAAUACCGGAAGAUAUUGCACAGAUAUUAUAUCCGUUGAUUGAUGAAUCCGGUGUUUCAUUUGAAGUUACGUUAGUAUAUAGUGGUGAAAAGCGACUAAGUAUAGGGGAUAGUUUUAUUAUUCAAUUGGACUGCUUUUUAACAUCGGACCUUUUUGAAGAAGAACCUGUUAGUUCUCAGCCAGAUAGCACUUCAUUGAAACAAUCUGGUUGGGAAAUGUCCACCAAAGCAAUCUCAGAAACACAGGAAGAGGUUGCGAAUAAAUAUAAGAGGGUAGGUCUUCUGGCCUUAUUUAACAAAUUAAGGAUAAAAGAGGUCACUGAUGAGACAAAAGCUUUGGAGAAUAUGAAUAAUAGUCAACCUGAUAUUGUAGAUCUGGAAGAUGACGAUACAUUCGAAAAUAUUGUAACAGACAACAUCGAAGAGGAAGACAUUAACCAUACUGACACAAUGGAUUUAAACCAACUUCAAAAUUUUUAUAGUGUUGCACAGUCCUUAGAAGCUUUAAAAAACCUUCCUGAAACUACGCCAUCAGAGGAAGUCAUGAAAUUAAACUUGAGAAGAUAUCAAAAGCAAGGACUGACGUGGAUGUUAAGGAGAGAAGGUGAAUUUUCAAAGGCAGCCUCCUCUGAAGAAGUUACCGCCCCAGAUGCUAUGAUGAACCCGUUGUGGAAACAAUUCAUUUGGCCAAAAGAUAUGUCAUGGGUAUCAGAAAGAGAGUCAAGUGUUCCAAAAUCAGAUGAUGAAAAUAUUUUCUUUUAUGCUAAUUUGCACACAGGUGAAUUUUCUAUGGAAAAGCCGAUAUUGGUUACCGCAAUGAAGGGCGGUAUUCUUUCUGAUGAAAUGGGAUUAGGUAAAACAAUAUCGACAUUGUCAUUGAUACUUACUGUACCUCAAGAUUCUUCGGUUGAAACUAAGGACUUAUUUGAAAAAGAGGUGCCUGAAAUGCCGCAGAGUUUAAGCAAGAAUUCCCAAAAACCAUAUGCCUCGAAAACAACAUUAAUCGUUGUUCCAAUGUCCUUACUACACCAAUGGCAUUCAGAAUUUGAAAAGUCCUGUGGAGAUAAAAAUUUACAUGCCGAAAUAUAUUAUGGUGGUAAUGUGAGUAACCUAAAAGUUCAUUUAACCAAAAGUAAAAACCCGCCAGCUGUUUUGAUUACCACAUAUGGUAUAAUUCAAAAUGAAUGGACCAAACUUGCUAAAACUUUGGGACCUGAGAUGGAUUUAAGUCUAACCACAGGAUUAUUCUCUGUAUCUUUUUAUAGAAUUGUUUUGGAUGAGGGUCAUAUAAUAAGAAAUCGACAAACAAUAACCUCAAAGGCAGUCAUGCAAUUGAGUGGUAAGUGUAGAUGGGUGCUAACAGGGACCCCAAUCAUCAAUAGACUCGAUGAUAUGUAUAGUUUGGUGAAAUUUUUAAAUCUAGAGCCGUGGUCGCAGAUCGGAUUUUGGAAGCAAUUUGUCUCGAUCCCCUUCGAAAACAAGCAUUUCAAAGAGGCAUUUGACGUCGUAAAUUCAAUCUUAGAGCCAGUUUUUCUAAGAAGGACGAAACUAAUGAAGGAUGUAGAUGGUAAGCCAUUGGUAAAUCUUCCACCUAAAGAAGUUAUUGUUGAAAGGUUAAAAUUCAACGAAGAUCAAGAUAUAAUAUACAAACAGUUAUUAAAUAGAGCAGAAGAUUCGGUCAAACUAGGAUUAGCUCGAGGUGAUUUAUUAAAGAAGUAUUCUACAAUUUUAGUUAACAUUCUAAGACUAAGACAAGUAUGUUGUGACGUCAGAUUGCUCGGCUCACAAGAUGAAAAUGAUGAAGAUUUGUCACAUAAUAAUUCGAUGUUAAAUAGUCAAAUCGAUAUAAGUUCAUUACUUAAGAAUAAUGAGGCAGGUGCGAAACCAAAUGGAUUUAGUGAAAAAGAAUUGGAAAAUGCCAUUGAAAGCCUUAAUGAAAAAUAUCCUCGAAUUGACGAUAAAUCAUCAUUCGAGUGCUCCAUAUGUACCACAGAACCUAUAGAUCUGAAUGAGAUGCUAUUCACAGAAUGUGAACAUCCCUUUUGUAAAGGAUGUUUGUUAGAAUAUUGCGAUUAUCAACAUAUGAAAAAUCUUGACAUGAAAUGUCCAUUAUGUAGGCACGAAAUUUCAAAAGAUAGAUUAUUAACGUUGAAAAAGAAUAAUGACGGAUCAUAUGAACCAGGACAUUUCAACACCAAAUCUAGAAGUUCAAAAAUAGUUGCAUUGGCCAAUCAUCUUCAACAACUCCAGGAUUCAAGUCCUGGUGAACAAGUAGUUGUAUUUUCUCAAUUUUCAAGUUUUUUGGACAUCCUAGAGAAUGAAUUAGGAGAAAUUUUCCCUUCAAAAACGACAAAAAUUUACAAGUUUGAUGGUAGAUUAAGCUUAAAGGAUCGUAGUGCCGUACUAAAAGAUUUUCAAAUCAAAAUCCCAGGGAUGCAGAAGAUUUUACUAUUAUCCUUGAAAGCUGGUGGCGUUGGUCUAAAUUUAACUUCAGCAUCGUAUGCAUUCAUGAUGGACCCGUGGUGGUCACCUAGUAUGGAAGAUCAAGCUAUUGAUAGAAUUCAUAGAAUUGGACAGGUGAACAACGUGAAAGUCACACGUUUUAUAAUGGAAAAUAGUAUUGAAGAAAAGAUGUUACAAAUUCAAGAACGAAAGCGGACUAUUGGAGAAGCUAUGGAUGCUGAUGAAGAUGAUAGAAGAAAGAGAAGAAUAGACGAGAUUAAGAUGUUAUUUGAGUAA